CGGUGUUGCAGCUCCUCCAACAGGUUGUGGAUUGCCAAUGCAGUCGCUCAUCCCGGAAAUUAGUUUUACGUAGAAAAAAAUAAAGUUUGACAUGGCGUCAAUCGACCUCCGUGUGUCUUAUCUGAGCAUUUUAGCUCUUUUAAACUUUGUUUUUGUGUUCGUGACCGGUACUGACUUUGUGCGUUUCAUGUCCUUUCGAGCCAUUUACCACAACAUCACAGGGGGGUCGGCGCUCUGUCAAGAGUCUGUGCCAUGGUCAGUGGCAUUGAGAGACACAUCAGUCCUCAAAGCUGUGUGUGUAGACCUCAUCCUGUUGGCUCUCUUCACUGUCCAGCAUAGUGUUUUGGCCUGGCCGCCCGUUAAACAGGCCUGUCAGUCUGUCCUAGGAGUGUUAAACCGGGCUAUGUACUGUUCCACAACGGCUCUCGCUCUACAGGCUUUAAUGCGUUUCUGGCAGCCUGUGACUAACGCCCCCUGCCUGUGGUCAGUGCACGAUGCACCCUGGGACAUCUGGUUCCCUCUGAUCUGCUUCGUUUUUCAUUUUCUGGCCUGGGCAAUUAUCUUCAGUAUUCUGCUGAUAUUCGACUAUGGUGAACUGCUCGGAAUCAAACAGGUGUAUUAUGAGUGCCUUGGCAUGGGUGACCCCUUGGCCUUGAAAUCCGCCCGAGCUCAACGGCUCUAUGCCCACCUGCGCCACCCUGUGUGUCUGGAGCUUGGCGUCGUCCUCUGGCUCCUGCCCACGUUCCCGCUGGACAGGUUCCUGCUGGCAGGUUACCUGACCAUCUACCUGGCCCUGGCCCACUCUCUGGACACCCAAGACUGUGCCUAUUUGAGUGUGCAGCUGCGCAGCAAGAUGCAGAUCUUCUCUAUACCACCAGGUGGCAGUGGUCAGGCUUUGUCAACCACAGCUAACAACAACAAUCACAAGCAUGAUUGAAUAUACACUAGAGUAUUGAUGUCGUGUGUGAGGCAGAAAUUGGAGAAGAGAUGUACUGAAUUAGUCUCCUGACAACAAACAAGGAAACAGACAAACAAACAAACAAACACAAAAUCACUGAUGUUUACAGCUGCAUCCGAACAAAAUAAGAGUUAUCUAUCACAGUUACCUUGAAUGUUAAACAGUUAGUAUUCAAGAUAAUGAGGUAGAGCAUGGUUGUUGCAGUACUACAUAAUGACUGUUUUUCUACAGUCAGUGAACUAUUCAGGUCAUUGAGAUAGGCAUGAUUGAAGUACACAGCACAUAUCUUUAAAAGUGUCAUCUUUUAUGUGUAUAUUUUGUCAUUAUCCAAUUUUAUAGUAUUUUGUGUACAUUUUGUGCAAAUUGCUGCAAGGCUUUUUCAGGUAAAUGUCUUCCACAGUUUGGGUUAACAGUCAGAAUAUGAUUUACUAACCCUAGGAUCAAACAUAUCAGAGUGCCAAGCUAUUAUAGAAAUGUUCAUAAGUGCAUCUGCAGAAAUGGUACAUUCACUGGUAUUGGAGUUUACCACUUUACAACAGCCACAGGGAACUAUAUGCUGGAUUGUUUUUAUUGAUUAUUUUAAGGACCGAAAGAGCUGCUAAAAGUCUUUCUAAACAAGAGGAGGCUAAAAUGUGCAGAGUAUGUGUAAAUGCUGAGAUGAGAGAAAUCAAGUUUUGUUUAUGUUAUGACAGUCAGUAUAAAGACUAAAGUAAUGUUGUAGUUUCUACUUGCAUAGAGCUUUGGGGGCCUUUUGCAAAUCCCAACACAGCUUAUACACUGGAAAGACAUAUGUUACUGUCUGAGCUACACGCUGGUCCAUAUAAUGAAAUAUACACUAUAGGCCUAAAGCAUGAGGUUUUAAUAAAAUAGUCAUUCAAGGAA